GUUCUACAAUUCUAAAUAAAUCUGAAUAAUUCUAAUCUUAAAAAGAACCAGCUAAUAAUUAACGUGCAUUAAUUGGUGGAAUUAGACUUAUGUUCCACGAAAAGUGCUUCAACAAAAGCAGCUCAAGAAAGCCAGUACCACUUCACUCGAAUAUUCUUCUUCUUCUGCUUCUGCUUCUUUUUCUUCUUCUUCUUCUUCUUUUUCUCCACACUCCUCAACUUCCUCUGCCUUUGUGUCCAGACGUGCGAUUGGGUCAGAAACGCCUGGGACGCAUGGAUGGGUGUGGAGGUGCAUAUACGCACAGUUGGCUUUCUUCCGGCUCGGUUUUUGGUAUUAAAGAACGGUCUUAAAGAAAGGUCUCAAAGAGGAGUAUCAAAGAAAGGUAUC